UCUGGUUUCACUCAUCGGACUGCUUAAUGUCAGGAAGGGUGGAGGCAAGUUGGUGAACUUUUACAAAAGGACCGAAGAAGAAUGAAGACCGUGAUCCUGUCAGCCAUCUUGUUUCUGCUGAGUGGGGCAAAUAUCGCAGAAUCCAGGACUCAGUCCCCAACAGCAACUUCAACACAAGCUCCGACAACAACCCCAUGUCCGGGCCCUAGUACGGUUACAAUCAAUGGGGACUAUCUCAGGAUCGUGGGAACGGCCGAUGAAGCAGUACUCUUCGAAGCUACCGUCGAGCCGUACCACAGCUGUUACCAGGGACAAUUGAGAUACUCCUGGCAUUGCCGCCGGAAUGCCUCUAACUCAACUCCUGCUCCUGUCGCUCGGUACGCUCCCUCUUCGGUAGACAGUAGUGGUAAUAACGUGUACACGGACGCAUGUGGUGACGUCGACUUUAGGGAACUCUCUGGGGCAGGAAGCGCCAUUCGGCUCAACCAAUCAACGAUGGAUUCAGGAGCAACCUACGUGAUCAAAGUGAACGCAACUGUUGAAGGGGCCUCGACGGACUUCGCACAGGAACUGCACAUCAUUGACGGCGGCUCGCUGCCAACCUUUUCAAUAAGCUGCAGGGAAAAUUGUGGAGAAGUUCUGAAAUUGGUGAAAGACUUCAAGUUGGAAGUGAGCUGCACAACUGGCUGCACUGAAGUCCGCGCGUCAUCCUCGCGUUCAGGUUGGUGGAACAAUGGCAGGCGUAACAAUGGCAGGCGUAGAAGCAAUAACUGGCAAACGACAACCAGGAUAUCUUGGAGCUACCAUUGGAGACUCUAUGAAGAGAACAUUGAAACCGGAGAUGUUACAGAGAUUCCCAACUUGGCUGAGAUGACAAGUUCAGGUAUCAACCGAAACGACCUUCAAGUACAAAAGUACAAGCUGGAGCCGAGUAAGAAAUACAGGUUUCGUGUGAAGGCUUCAAAGUCGGAUGGCUCAAAAUGGAGUUUUAUGGAGUACCAUAUUCUUUCCGGCCCGAAGUCUAGCGUGAACUGCUCCGUUAUACCAAAAACAGGCUUUGCAGCUGGUACAGGAUUCACCAUCACAAAUGACGUACCGGCGGAUGUAACUUCGGAAGAGAACAUAGACUACAGCUUCUACAGUGGAUACAACUUACUCUCGGAGCAACAAUCUUCCGUAGCAGGACCGUACCGUUUACAGAGCGGUGACGCCAAUAAGGAUUUUGUAGUCACCAUCAAAGUCCAAGCCCGUGGAGACGAGGGCUUCUACUCAGAAUGCAGCGUGAAUGCUUCGGUUUUGCCUUCUGUCAAGCCUCCAGUAGGUCUGUGGCAAGAUGCCCUGUCCUGGGCUUACGAAGCCGAGGUGACCAUAGAUCAGGGGGACGCGGCUGCUGCUGCAACGUUAGCCGUGGGUAUCGUGGAUCUUUUGGAACAACUCCUGUCACCGGAUUUAGACCCCGCCCAAACGUUGAGGGACCAGGGUAACGGAGACUUAUUGGAUGAGGCUCUGAACAGUUCUAUUCACCACCCAAGCCCGACAGUGCGUCCGGUAAAUCCCGGUUACGUAUUUUCUCAAGACUGGUCCAGUGCCACUACCAUCGACGAAAUAAAUAACAUGCUGCCCCCGGGGACGCCUGGCUCAGGUGAAGAUAAGCUGCAACUGUUCGUGAGGUCCAACCUGAUUGACAAGCUAAGUGAUAGGGCAAAUGACCUGAGUGACGCGUCCUCAUUGCAGCAAGGCACGGACGGGAUGGUCAAACUGCUCGGCACUGGGGAGUUUGUUUACGUUGAGUCACAGUUUUUAGCUGUGGAAUCUCUACACCAAUACGCCACAAAUCUCAAUCUGGCGGUGCUGGCGGGAGAUCAAAUUGAUGGAGACCAGGUUUAUCAAAUUUCUGAAGGUAUACACAACGGAAUAGGAGCAGUUCUUCGUAAUAUAAUGGACGAAGCGGGAAUUUCUGGGACUUCUUCUGCCAUCAGCUGGCCAAGCACGUUACGUACGGUGGUGGGCCACUUCGAAGAAGUCACCGACAUGCUGGCCAGUUUAGUUCUGCGCAGCAGCCUGUCCGAUUCGCCCCCAGUGGUCUUCGAUUUGCCGAUGGGAACGGUCCUGUACCAAAAGCAUAAGACUGAGAACAUUCAGCAAGGCGAAUUUGCCACGGAGCGGUCAGAAGGCUUUGUUACCUUGCCUGAUUCUUAUGCAGUAUUUGGGACUGGAAGUAACGAGAGCAUUGUGAAUUCAAAGUUCGUAGCAUUCCCUCGCAAUCCAAUGACGUGGGACCCAGCUACAGAACCUCGUUCGUCCGUCCUCUCACUUGACUUUUAUGAUGAGACUGGUCAUCGCCUUCCAGUAGAGGACACUGCACAACCGUUGGAGGUAACUGUUACUGGUUCCGCCAGCGGUCUGGGUCCGGUGUCUCCAUCAGCUCCAUGGAGGAUGAUGCCAGCUUUGGAUGAGGUUCCAGAACCGGCCUUCAUCCCUGUGUACACGGUCAUCUGGUUUUAUAUCCAAAACUACGAUAAGCCAGGAUUUCCUAAUGUUACCUUCAUGAACGAGACUACGGUUGCUGCUAACGGGCUGACGUAUCACAAGAUGGAGGUGGACAAUGAGACCACACCCACACCCGUACUGGUCAUGCUCAUCCCUCCCCCUCACGUCAUUGCAUACCAGGUAUACAUGCAGUACAACGAGCCACCAACACCAGAUAACCACAACUUCACCGCCACCAUACCACCUCUGGAGAGAGCUUGUGACGUCAGCAUCCCUGAACUAUCCGGUCGUGACGUCACGGCUAUGUUUCCCUGGGUGUUUCCGGAAGUCAACGGAACCUACUACAUUGGAGUGAAGGAAUUAGGCCAUAAAGAAUGCAGAAGAGUUCCAGGCGUGUCGUACGCCGAGGUUAAAUCCAAGAUCAACAAUGCGCCCGACGACGAAUCAUACAGCUUGGCUAUACUGACUCCGCAAUGUGUCUGGUGGGAUAAGACAGGGGAGGGUCAGUGGGAUCCAUCGGAAUGUACGGUGGGCCCGAACACCACGGUAGACCACACUCAGUGCCUUACUACCCACCUGACAUCGUUCGGUUCUGACUUCAUGGUGCCGCCCAACUCCAUCGACUUCAGCACGGUAUUCGCAAAAUUUGCCAACCUGAGUGACAACGCCGCCGUGUUCUCCACUGUCAUCGUCAUGUUUGGCCUCUACUUCAUUAUCGUCUUCUUCCUUUUUAAGGCAGACAAACGAGACAGAAUCAAGUGGGGAGUUCUGCCCAUCGCUGACAACAAUGAAUCGGACGAGAACUUCUACCUGCUGACCGUGUACACAGGGAUGAAGGCCGGUUCUGGAACCUCGUCCAAAGCCGGUAUCAUCCUCCAUGGAGCUGAUGGAGACACCGGAGCCAGACCGCUGGCCGCAUCCAAGAACCAGGUUUUCAAGCGCGGCAGUAUCUCCAGCUUUCUGCUGUCCACGAGUGCGGAGCUCGGUGACUUGACACAUCUUCACGUGUGGCACGAUAAUUCCGGGGCUGGUGGUGACUCCAGCUGGUUCCUUGAUAAAAUAGUUGUUGGAGACCUCCAAAGUGAUAGACGGCAAGUACCGCAAUCAUAG